GGCGAUGAGAGCCCGAAAAAAAGCAGAGCAGCCAGAGCAACCUAGAUUGACUCGAGCUGCUAAAGAGGAGCAGAGAGAGAAGUGGAGGCAGGCGAAGGCAAAGUGGUGGGUGAGCUUACAUCCCCAGAAACAAUGCCAUCAGAGGGAGAAGAGAGCCCAGCCGGAAAGAGAAAAGCGAGCGAACAAAAGAGUAUCUGCAGCUGCUGCUUCCCAGCCAUCCAGCAGCAUACCACAGGCUUCCACUUGCACCCCACUGUCAUCAUGGAGUCAAGGAGCCAGAAGAAAGGCAAAGGCUUGGGCCUAUGCAACUUUUCCACACAGUCCUUGCAGACUCGUAGAGACUCUGAAUGAUAUUGUACAUUCCCUUGCACCUCGUAAGAAGCAGCUAUUCAAAACGCUCCAGCCAGGGUCAUUAGAACACAGGAUCAGGAAAUCUGUGAUAUUUGAGCUGAAAAAGAACAACACCAGGCGAAAUAAAGAUCUGCUUCACACUCGCCACGUUCUCCUCAAUACCUGUCAAAAAUACCUGAAUCUUCGAGGAUCCAGCAGCAUCCGAGCAGUCAGCAAGGGGAGCAGUUUGUCACUGACUGAAUCAAAGCACAUGAAACAAGAGAAGAUGAAAAGAGACUGAGGAAUAUUACAAAAGUGUUUCCUGCCCCAUCCCUGACAAAAAGCUUGUCUCAUCAAAAACCGGCCAGGCUGCAUCACUAUUGAUGAAGCCCUUGAGAGAAGUCUACGAUGACUUUGUUGCCGGACAACCAGCAGGGUCAACGAAGGUCAGCUUCUCUCACUUUGCCAAGUGCAAACCCAGGUACAUUUAUCCACGGCAAGACUGGCAGCUGAGAAUGUGCCUGUGUGAGUAUUGUACAAAC